UCUUUCAUGUUUUGCGCCGCUGCAGAGGUCGAACCGACCGCAUCAUAGCUGAUACUCAUUGUUUUAUGUUAUGUAUAAAAGUGUAAGGAAAAGCAGGUGAUGAAACAUGGCAGCGUCCAGAAAACUACAAGGUGAAAUAGACAGGUGCCUAAAGAAGGUGACAGAGGGCGUCGAGACGUUCGAGGACAUCUGGUCCAAGGUGACCCAUGCCACAAACAGCAAUCAGAAGGAGAAGUAUGAGGCUGACCUCAAGAAGGAGAUCAAGAAGCUGCAGCGGCUGCGGGACCAAAUCAAGACCUGGCAGGCGUCUGCUGAGGUCAAGGACAAGAGCAGUCUUGUCGAACAUCGAAAGCUCAUUGAAACGCAAAUGGAGCGGUUCAAGGGUCUGGAGCGGGAGACCAAGACCAAGGCCUACUCCAAGGAGGGUCUGGGCGCGGCCACCAAGCUGGACCCGGUACAGAAGGAACGCGACGAGUGCACGCGCUGGCUUUCCAACAGUAUAGAGCAGCUGAAUGUGCAGAUUGACCAGUUCGAGGCUGAGAUGGACGGCCUCACUGCGAAGAGGAAGCGCGACAAAGACAAGUCGGAGCGGCUCGACCAGCUGAAGCACUGGAUCGAGCGGCACCGCUUCCACAUCAAGAAGCUAGAAACGCUGCUGCGAAUGCUCGACAACAACGCCGUCGACAUGGACUCGGUGAAAAAGAUCCGCGAGGACGUGGAGUACUACACCGAGUCGAACCAGGAGCCCGAGUUCGACGAGAACGAGUACAUCUACGACGACAUCAACAUGGACAACAUGGAGGAGAUGUUCAUCGCUGACGUGGGCGUGACGGACGGCGUGACGCGGGGCGAGGAGUCGAGCGAGACGCCGACCAACUCGCUGCACUCAGGCUCGUCGCCGUCGCCGCUCAACAACAGCCAUUCCGCCGCCGCCGCCGAAGUCAACCACGCCGCCGACGACAACAAGCGGACGCGGAGGUCCGUGUCCGAAGACUCGUCGAUGACGCAGAAGACGAAACACGCGUCGGGCUCGUCGAACAAGGCGGCGCCACCCAGCGCCGGCUCGCUGACCGCCAGCUCAAAGGCCACCGCAGUGUCGGCGAGCCAGCCGAGUCCGCCGGCCGGCACUUCGCGGUCCCAGUCGACGCCGCUGGCGUCGGCGGCGGCCGGCAGCGGCUUGGUGGCCGCGCCCAGUCCCAACUUCGCCUCGGUGGCGGCAGCCUCCCAGCCGCCCGCCGCCGCCUCAGUACACAUCCUCACCACGACGACGCCGUCGUCGUCGUCGCAGCAGCAACAGCAGCAACAACAACAACAGCAGCAACAACAGCAGCAGGGCCAGCAAGUGAACGGGGAGAAGCCGGCCGACCCGAGCUCGAUGAAGUCGCUGGCACAGCACCUGGAGCGGACAACGCUCAACGCCUCGCCAGCCGACGUCAAUAAAACGCCGCCGACGAACGAGGCCACCAUUCCGGUGCUGUACAGCGUGGCGCCGCUGGGGCCCGUGCCCAUGACCAAGGAGCACGACUACCAGUACCAGAUGCUGCAGGCCGCCUUCUACCACAUGCCACACCCAUCCGACUCGGAGCGGCUGAGGGCGUAUUUGCCGCGAAACCCGUACCCCACGCCGCCCUACUACCCCCAGGUACCCCCACCUGGCAGUGAUUCCAUCGAUUUUUUUCUCAAGUUGUCUGUUGAAACCCUCUUCUUCAUCUUCUAUUAUAUGGAAGGUACAAAGGCCCAGUAUCUGGCGGCGAAGGCGCUGAAGAAGCAGUCCUGGAGGUUCCACACCAAGUACAUGAUGUGGUUUCAGCGGCACGAGGAGCCCAAGGUCAUCACCGACGAAUAUGAGCAGGGCACGUACGUGUACUUCGACUUCGAAAAGUGGAGCCAGCGGAAGAAGGAGGGCUUCAAGUUCGAAUACAAAUUUCUGGAGGACCGGGACCUGAACUGACGCAUACAAAGCGACGCGCUGUAUUUGUGUCUCUCAGUGUGGUGGCGCGCUGGCCGGCUCGUCCGGCCGGCGGUGAUUCUCAGGGGGUCGUCCCCCGCCGCUGCGGGCCCGCCGCCGGCCGGCGCGGCGCCGCGGC